UAUCAACAUGAAUUUCCUUUACAAGCUGGUGGUUCUUGGUAAACUGAGUAACUUGUUCCAAGAAUGGAUUUCAGAAUUUGGUGACAUCAAGAAUCUUCCCCCUUCAGCAGCAGCAAAUGUUGGUGUCAAAAUAUUUACCUUUGGUUCUUACAGGCUUGGAGUACACACUCAAGGUGCUGACAUAGGUGCUGUUUGUGUUGCUCCUAGACAUGUAGAAAGUUCGGAUUUUUUUCAGUUGUUCUUCGAAAAACUAAAGCAUCAGGAGGAAAUUAAAAAAUCUAAGAGCAAGUAAA